CACCCGAUAACACAUUGCUUGCGUUGCGCCCACCCAUUGCCCGUGAUGUGAAUGGCCAGUGAGAGUCAGGCCACUGCUAACUAUUACACACCUAUUAAAUAACCAGACUUUGGUUUUCCCACUGCUCUCUCUCUCUCUCUCUCUGCAACUCAAACAACAAUUGGGAACAGCCAGCAGCCAGACAGACAGACGAUGGCCACUCAUCAUCGCCUUCCUCCUCCUUGCAUCCUCCUCCUCCUACUCCUCUUCCUCUCUCAUCUCAUCUUCGCCGCCGUCGGAAAGGAAUCCAGGUCCUCCAAUAAGAAUGAUAACCUGGUGCGGUCGUCGUGCGUGCACGCCAGCUACCCCGGCAUCUGCCUCCGAACGCUGUCGUCGUACAAGGGAGCGGUCAACAGCCCCAGGCAGCUAGCCCAGGCGGCCGUGAAGGUGAGCCUGGCCCGGGCCCAGAAAGUGUCGGCCUACUUGGGCAGCCUCAUCGUGAGCAGCGGCGGCAAGAAGAAGAGGGAGCAGGCGGCGCUGAGGGACUGCGUGGAGCAGGUGGGGGACUCGGUGGAUCAGUUGAGGAAGACGCUGUCGGAGCUGAAGCACCUGCACAGGGGCGGGGGAGCGGAGUUCCGGUGGCAGAUGAGCAACGCGGAGACGUGGGUGAGCGCCGCCUUGACCAACGAGGACACCUGCCUCGAUGGCUUCCGGGAGGUGGAGCCAGAGCCAGAGCCAGCAGGAGGCAAGAAGGUGGUGGGGUCUGAUGUGAAGCGCAAGAUCACCAAUGUCGCCAAAGUUACCAGCAACGCCCUCUACCUCAUCAACCGCCUCGACCCCCAGACUCCCAUUUAAUUAACCGCCUGCUUCGGCCCGCAUCCACCACCACUCCAUCGUUAUUGCCCAUUAACUGCUAUAUAUAUAUAUAAUAUGUAUGUAAGUUAUGUAUCUCUCUCUCUAUUGUGCCACGUAUAUAUAUACACAUAGUAGUUGUUUAUUCGGACAUGCAUCAGAUCAAACAAGGGAAGAAGCGAUGCGCGAUCUGGCUAGGGGCUAGCUAUGUAUCUAGUUUUGGCAGGCAUGUGGUUGGUGCAUGGUUGGUUUAAUUGCGUCUUCUUCUUGUGAGUUGUAUCUUUUUCUUCA